AUGAAUGGCCCUUUACCAGGCGAAGCAACUGGGGUAGACCCGCCAGAACCCCCAAAUGAGGAACUCAUAAAUGUGAGGAAAACGUUUCUUGGAGAAGAGGAAGAUGAAUACACAAAGAGCAGUCGUCGGUACUUACAUGACCAGGAGAACUACGUGAAUAGAAUAAAAACAUACAACGUAUGGGUAAAAAAACCUGCACAUCUAUCUGCACUCCUUUUGGCUAGGAACGGGUUCAUAUGUGAAAAUGAAACCACGGUAAAGUGCGAAAUGUGUGGAUGCAAAUUUGUGUAUGAAAAGGACACGUAUUCUAUGUACACAAAAAUAAAUGACCUAUGUUUGCUCCAUUUGAAAAAUUGCCCCUGGAAAGGGAAGUUAAUGGAUCUGCAGAUUCUCCACCUGGAUGGGGAGUCUUUAAAAAGGGACAACCUACUUAGGGAGUACCAAAAUGUUAUCACGUUCAUGCAAAAUGGUACACACGAUGUGCCAUAUAUUGACAUAAAAAAAACGAUUAGCGACUUUCUCCUAAUUGUUAAAAAGCACCUGAUGAAUGAGGACUCGAAGAAGAAGUUUCUGCUCUUCAGUUGUUAUGUAGAAUUAUUCAAGAGCCACUACGUGGAAAUAUUUAAGAGUCACAAAAAUCUGGUCGACCGAGGAAUGCAGCUUAUUCGAUCGAAUUACAAACAUUUGAAGAACCACCUUGUGGAUGAAGCCUUUUUGAACAACCUGACAUAUGACCCCCUAGACGUACACACGUACAUAAACAUCGUAGCAGAUGCGAAUGGCAGGACACAGAGAGUGAGCCACCCUAAUGAAGACCUCAACAUGUACUUCAAAAUUGUAAAGCAGCUGAAGAACUGCGAAUACGAGGAUAUCAAUAUUUACAAGCUCAUCGCGUUGUUGGGGUGGACAUAUAAAACGCCUCCUCAGGGGGAGGACUCAAAUGUCCCUUCGCAGAUCCUCUACUGUAGGUACUGCUUUAGGGAAGUUAAUUUGGCUGAGUAUUCUACCCUUUCGAGAAAGCACAACAAGUUGGAUUUGUUCAAGAUUAUCGAUGUACAGCCCUCGGGGGAGGUCCCCAACCCGUCGGUGGACGACGCUCGGGUCGCGCUGGAACGCCUCACCGGGUUGGCGGAUGGCUGGAUUGAAACGGACGAGGAGGAGGAGCAAGAGGAGGGUGAAGAAAGGGAUAGUGAAGUAAGAGUGGGUGCGGAAAAGGGCAGCGAAGAAAAGGAAGAAAUAGAAAAAGAGGUGAUAGAAAAGAAGCAGGAAGAAAUUAACGGCCUGGCAGAGGAUGGAGGAGAAAUGCCAGGGAAAGAAAAAAAGGAGGAAGAAAAUAACAGCGGUGAAAAGGAAGGUAACGAAAAUGUAAGCGACGACACGAAGGGCGAACCCAAUGAGGAAGGCGGCACAAAAGAUCUUCCCACCGAGGACGAAAGAGACGGCCAGGAGAACGCCGAGGAGCAGGAGGGGUUCUCCUUCAAGUGGAGCAUCAAGCAGUUCUUUCGCGCAAAAAAAAGCACCGAUGACGCCUCGCCAAGUGAAUGCCCCCUGACGAGCGUCAACCAGGACGGGUUAACCCCAAAUAAGAAAGGAAACGCACUGUGUGCAAAGAAAAGAAUAAAAAAAAAAGUGCAAUUGGAAAAUAUACUUAGUCGUGUAUUCCUGGAGGUAAGUAGCUACACAGAGGACGAAAAUUUAUUUAGCAAAACUGCGCAUGAUUGUUACGUAUUGAAGGGGGGUCCCCACUUGGCCCAUUUGGAUAAGGAGCGCACGGUAUCGGAGGACGAUACGGAUGGGGCCAACUGUACAAAUAAUACUGUGGGCUACGGGGACACGGUUAGCAGCACACAGAAGCGCACCAUUCGAGCGUUCAACUUGAUUGAGAACCAUCGGGCCUUCUGUCCAUACAUGACGGAAGACCUGUACUCGUUCUCCAAGAUAACGAGACUCCUCUUCGAGUUGGUCAUGUCGGAGUUUCAGCGGCGGUACGUUAUGAGGUAG